GUUCAUGUAUAGUACGCAUGCGCCGUACAUAUCACGGUGGCCGCUCGUCAACUCAGCUAUGAUAGUAGAAAAUGUAUAUUGAACCUUAACUUCUGCUUACAGUAAUGAGACGGUAACUUCACGUAUUACAGUUUUUAUUCGAAAAAGGACUCUAGAAGGACACUAGAGUCAGUCAGCUUCUGACAGAAGAUGACAGCCAACGAGGAUCAAGAGAUGGAGUUGGAGGUUCUCCGCUCCAUCUACGAGGGGGAUGAGUGUUUCAAAGAGAUCAGCCCUGUGUCCUUUCAGUACAGGGUGGGAGAACUUGAUGACACCAAAGCCUUCAUUCUUGAUUUCACGUGGCCGGAAUCCUACCCAGCUACCGCCCCUCAGAUAUCCCUAGUUGCAUUUUUUAAUAACAGAAUAUCCUCACUGACGAAGCAGCAGAUUGUCUCCAAGGUGGAGGAGCAGGCAGAGGCCAGCCUGGGCGAGGCCAUGAUGUACACGCUGUUUGAGUGGGCCAAGGAGAACCAGGAGAGCCUCAUGGAGGAUCAUCAGCCCGUCGUCACCGCUGUGAUCUCCAAUGACACGACAGCGACAGAGGGCAAGAAAAAGGAGAAAAAGGAACAGCUCACAAAAUCACAAAAAAGGAGGAUAACUUGUAGGACGGAUAACAAGGGGGAAAUGCCCCGAGGCUGGGACUGGUGUGACGUUAUCAAGCAUCUUAGCAGAACCGGAGGGAUGAACGACUAGGUGAAUACUGUGGAAGAGAAGAGGGCGGAUUUAAGGUGCCGGGCGUUUACAAGACGGAUUCAAGUGGAUUGUGCAGAAUUCAGUUCGGCCCCCUAAAUCCAACAACACCGGCUCGCAACUGAAGAAGCUGCGAUCACGACCGCCGAGUCCUCGAAAAAUGUCGCAGUCCCAAAGUUUAAAGUAAAACCGCUCGUUUCAGCACUCGAUCGGAGGCCAGAGCCAUUCUGUGAGGUGUAGGUGUCGCACGGCUGUUUAGGAAUUCUUCUUAUCAAAGAGGGUUUUAGAUUCACAAACAAACCUUGUGCUUUUCUCUCCCCCCCCACCCGAGUGUUUGGUUUUAUUCACGUUUUGAUACCGCUUAUGGUGGAGGGCUAGGAGGAGGGGGAACAGUCACUAUAACGGUUGGAUGAGACAUCGAGUCAGUUGACAGUGUUGUCAUAUGGAAGAUGGAUGUGCACCACUGCCAUUGUUGUCCUACGAUGCUUACCUGUAGUCCUCAAGUGAUAAAAAAACAAAAAUACUGCAGCAACCUGAUGGCCUUCAAGGAUGCACUCAAUAUUUUACGUAGUAUUUAUAACUAUAAAAAAACAUUUAAUUAUUUGACAAGAGUGUGGUCCCCCUUUAAAGUUGACAUUUUUAUGGAAAAAUAAAAAAACAAAUGCACUUUUGA